ACAGUUGAACAACAACAAUCAAGCUUCCGGUUUUUUCCCCAUUCUUACGAGAGAGUUCACUAGCAUGUUCUUGUGAGCGUAAAAUCGCACAAUCAGCAAGUUUAUGUGUAAUAGAUUUACGUGUACACUAGGUACAUUUUAUUAUUUUGUUUGUCGUGGAAUAAGAGCACCGAAAGAGCUAUUACUGACUUUGAUACACCGCUUUAUUUGGCCAUUACACUGCGGACAACUUCCAAUACGGGUUAUUAUGAGCGAAGGAGAGAUAUUCCAUGAGAAGCAGCGACUGGAGUUGUGCGCCAUUCAUGCUCUGAACAACGUUCUGCAAGAACAAGUGUUCACCAAGGAGACGGCAGAUGACAUCUGCAAGCGGCUCGCUCCACAGUGUGUGGUGAACCCUCACCGCUCCAUGCUGGGCACAGGCAACUAUGACGUCAACGUCAUCAUGGCUGCCCUACAGAGCAGAGAGUUGGCUGCAGUAUGGUGGGACAAACGCAGAACAAUACAUAGUCUCUGUGUUGACAAGGUCCAGGGGUUCAUCCUGAAUGUUCCGUCACGUGUCUCUCUUGGAAUUGUGUCCCUCCCCGUCAAGCGGCGGCACUGGCUUGCAGUGCGUCAGGUUAAUGGACACUACUACAACCUCGACUCCAAACUAAAGAGUCCUGUCUGCGUCGGGAACGAAGCAGAUCUCCGUACAUUUCUCAGUGAACAGCUGUCUCCGGACGUGGCAGAGAUGCUCCUGGUUGUGAGGAGGGACGUGGAGGAGUACGGAACCUGGCUAAACUCUGAUGACCUCAGGAAGUGAUUCCUCUGGCCUGGGCAUUCCAUUCAUUCAACAUGGGACUCAAACUCCUGCUCUACUCUGGAAAAACAAAUAACAUUUUAGAAAACAAGAGACUCUUAACAAAAAGUACAUAUUUCAGGAAAUGCAUUACCGGUUGCUGAGGAGUGUGGGCUCUGUUACACACACGAAGUGCCAAAGAGAAUUUAAGAUGACGAGGGAUUUCUGUCCCAAAUGGCUUGUUUGUAAGUUUACUGGCCUUUGUUUGGAUUUCUACACUACAGCAGCAUCUAUAUCCUCUUUCCUUCUCUCUCUUCCUUCUCUUCUAUUCCUAUGCACUGCACUGUCAAGGUAGACCAGUUAGAACUGGUUUGUCUUUUAGUUAUUCUAUGCACUGAGAAGGUACAGAGGAGGCACUGGAUGUCAUGUUGACAACUGACUGUGUGAAAAUAACGCUUCUAUGUUUGUGUUCUGUCUGCGUUUACUUCUAACUGCAUAUCCAAGUGAAUGGGAGCACUGUCUUUCUGUUACACGAGUUCAAACUACACACACACUCAGAGGAUAUAAAGAAAAUGUUAUUUAUAUGUAACAAUGUCUCAUUGUCUUUGUGUGCAUACAAUCUUUGAGGUUCAGCAGUACAGUUGAGUGAUUUAAAUAAGGCCAAACUUUAUUAAUUGUUAUUAUUUUAUUUAUAUUAGACUCUGGAGUGAAAAAGGAUGCCAUUCAAAAGGAGCAUUGAUUAUACCAUACAAACGCAAUUCAAGGGUUAACAAGGUCAGUAGGCAAGGAGGGUGUUCAAUGAAAUCUGACAUCACAUAUGUACAUAACAUCCUAUAGAGACCCCAGAAACCCACUGCUAUAUAGUUAUUAUUGCUAUUUAUGGUAGGGCUACUGCUGCACCAGUGGCAGGAGUUUUAUUGCUAUGUGCCUGCUGUCAUUGCAUGGGAUUUGUAGUUCUCCAACGGUCUCAAGGUUGGAUGGGAGUUGUAGUUCUCCAUUCAGCCUACAGAGAGGAAGUACUG